AUGGCCUAUCCAUCAAUAUUAGGAUUUCAAGACGCUACCUCCCCAAUCAUAGAAGAGUUACUUCAUUUCCACGAUCACGCUAUAAUUAUUGUGACUUUAAUUAGUUCCUUCGUAUUUUAUACUAUUACCAUAAUAGUAAUUACAAAACUAACCUACAAGAGCAUAUUAGACUCACAAGAAAUAGAAAUAGUAUGAACCGCUCUUCCCGCCCUAAUCCUUACAAUAGUUGCCCUUCCUUCCUUACGAAUUUUAUACUUAAUAGAUGAACUUAAUUUCCCAAAUUUAACAGUUAAAGCCGUAGGCCAUCAAUGAUACUGAAGUUAUGAAUACACAGACUUUGAACAAUUAAACUUCGAUUCUUAUAUAAUCCCCACCCAAGACCUUACCCCAGGACAAUUUCGCCUUCUAGACACCGACAAUCGAAUAGUAGUACCAGUCAAUUCCCCCAUUCGUGUAAUAGUAACUGCCGAUGACGUCUUACACUCUUGAGCCACACCUUCUCUAGGUAUUAAACUUGAUGCAGUCCCAGGACGACUAAACCAAACGGCCCUAAUAACUUCUCGCCCUGGAGUCUUUUACGGACAAUGCUCUGAGAUCUGUGGGGCAAACCACAGCUUUAUACCUAUUGUGGUAGAAUCAAUCCCUUUAGACCACUUUGAAUACUGAACCCACUCAAUACUUAAUAACGCUU